CGAAAUAGUUGAUAACGAACUUUAUCCGAGUGCGCACACAAAUUCAAUUACAAGCGGAUUAUGGCCAGGGACGCCAUACAUUCUUCAAUGCUUCUGAAGAUCAUCGGCAUUUUGCCGCUCCUGAUGGUGGUGGUUCAGUGUCAGAUGUGCCUCGUGGAGAAGACCAAAAUAAAGGCCAUUCAACGAAAUGGCCGCCUAGAGAGGGUACCCAUAAAGACCACCGUCAAGGAUUGCUGUGAAGGUUAUGUGGCCGAUGAAAACAAUCCCGGACAGUGUGUAUCGAUUUGCCAUGAUGGUUUCGUUCUGGUUGAUGGCGUAUGUAUACCACGUUGUGAGAAUUGUGAAAAUGGUGAAUGCCUGGCGCCCGAUGAAUGCAAGUGUAACGAUGGUUAUGUGGAGACGCCACAGGGUUGUGCUCCCAUCUGUGAUGAGUGCAUCAAUGCGGUGUGCAUUAAACCGGGCAUAUGUGAAUGUAAGGAGGGUUUCAUUUCCACACCCAGCGGCUGUGUGCCGUCACCGUGUCAAGAUUGCGACAAUGGUUAUUGUCUGCCAUCGGGUGAAUGUCGCUGUUCCGCCGGUUUCAGAUGGUCGUUACGUGAUCGGAAAUGUAAGCCGAGGUGUAGGCGUCGCUGUCGUAAUGGCUACUGUUCGGCACCGAAUCAAUGCACCUGCUAUGAGAGUUAUCGCAAAAUGGGGAAUAAUGAGUACAUUUGUGUGCCCAAGAAAUGGGAUGACGAUGCAGAGGAUGAUGAUGGCGAUGAUCUGAUUGUGGAUGAUAAUGAGGAGGAGGCAUUGACCAGUGGUGGUGCUACAGGUGAUGGUGACUUUUAUGCGGCCAGUUUAAUUGAUGAAAGGAAGUGGAGGAAAUUUCUGAAAAUAGCUCCCCAAAAAUCACCUUUGUUGGUGAUUUUGAAAGUAUUGUAAUAACAAUUUUUAAAACAAUAAAAAUUUUGAAAUUGUACAAAUUA